AUGGUGAAGAACGCAGAGUCCAACGUCGAUACGUCCGCCCUCCAGGUGGAGGGAGGCGCCAAACUUCAACUCCGUCCGCGGAACCCCGGCGAAGCUCUCAAAGUCGCGCAGACCGUCUUGCGCAGACGAGAGCAGAAUCUGGAGGAAAAGGCGGCGCGUGCGAAGAAAAUCCGGGGGAUGAAACGCAGAAGGGACCGCGACUGUCACAAGCAAGUCAUCAAAUCGGCGCAGUACUUCGUGAAGCGCGCACAGCUGCGCUCAGUUGACAACAAAAGGGUCAUUUUCGCGAAGAAGACUCCCGCGAAGAAACCGCGGCAGCAGGAUCGCCGACCGCUCAUUCUUGUCGUCCGCAACGGCCGCGAAGGAGGGAGCCCCGAGGUCCAAGUUGCGCUGAAGAAACUAGGGCUGAGGAAGCCGUUCUGGGGGACUCUUUUGCGAAACGACGAAGCUGCGAUGCAGCAGAUGCGUCUGUUGAAUCCUUUCGUUUUUUACGGCUACCCGACGCUCGCCACCGUGCGGAGAAUGUUCCUCACGAGGGGCCGGCUACGAGUCAGCGAGGAGGAGUCCACGGAUUUGACAGACAACGCCAAAGUCGAAGCGCACCUAGGUGCCUACGGCAUGCUUUGCGUCGAGGACGUGGUUCAGGAGCUCUGGACUGCCGGCGGCCACUUUGAUGACAUCAUGCAGCACAUGUGCGCCUUCGAGCUGUCAAACCUCAAGAAAAUUGAAGGUCUGUAUGCAAAGAAGAAUCAAUAUGGCAACAUGCGCGAGAAGAUCAACACGAAGAUCUGGAAGAUUGCGUAA